AGACUGCUUCAUCCCCACUUUGCAAAGGGAAGACUACCAACUGAUUACACAAACUGCAACACAGGAUAGCAGGGGUUUGCGGGAUUGCUCGGAGACAUCACCAUGGACACUCCAGAUUAUUGGACUGCAGCAAUGAGGAGAGAAAGCUAUGAUGAGGCUGCUGCUUCAAUACAUCCUCACCUCCGACACUUGGCUCAGAGACACCGCUCCGCUCCAUUGCUGCUCUUUGGGAAGGCUUUGGGGAUGACCUGGUCUCCUAUCAGGGAGGAGGCUUCCUGCUGGGUGUCUGUGGAGCAGAGUCCAUUUGUCCUUGGCCUCAGCAGUGAGAACGAACAGCUGCUGCUGGACGAGUGCGUUCAGGUCACUGAGGGCACAAAGACCAGGGAGAGACACCUGUUCCUCUUCAGCCACCUGAUUGUCAUCGCCAAAUUCAAGUCGACUGGCAGCUACCGCCUGAAGCACAGAGUGAACCUCGAGGAUGUCUGGCUUUAUACUUUUGAAGAUGAGCCGGAGGAACAAGAGGAAAGGAGAGGGGACGUUGACCUCAGGGUCACCUUCGUCUUGGCCUGGGCUCUCACUUUUUGUAUGGUGUGUUUCCGCUCGCGUGAGGUGAAAGAACACUGGUUAGAUACUCUUAACAGAAAAAUUAAAGAAGAAAAAUCGAGAGUUUGUUUUGCUUCUUUACCUCCAGUUUGCUCUUUCUUUUCUAGACUAAAACUCUAA